AGAAGCUUACUUCCGGUUUUGCGACACCAGCACACGAAAACGGGGAAAACGGCCUAAAACAAUAAUAGUAGCAGGCUAACGACAGAAUAGUAGAAGUGCACAUUCUCUUCCAACGUAUUAAUCACUAAGUUUACACGACUGAUUUAAGAAUCGAGACUAGAUCUAGAUCUAUAAAAAUAAACAACUGAUUUCCACAGGAGACAUGAGUAAAAGGAAACAUCCCUCUGGAGCAGCGUCCCUGAGCCAGUACAGGGACCAGCACUUCAGGGGCAAUAGACAUGAACAAGAGCAGAAACUAUUGGCCAGCUCCACUUUGUACAUCGGGAAUCUUUCCUUCUACACCAGUGAGGGACAGAUCCAUGAGCUCUUCGGCCGAGCAGGUGAUGUGAAGCGAAUUGUCAUGGGUUUGGACAAAGUCAAGAAAACACCUUGCGGAUUUUGUUUUGUAGAAUAUUAUACAAGAAGUGAUGCAGAAGUAGCAAUACGGUACAUUAAUGGAACUCGCCUCGAUGACAGAAUCAUACGUACAGACUGGGACACUGGCUUCAAGGAAGGCAGGCAGUAUGGUCGGGGCAAAACUGGAGGACAGGUGCGUGAUGAAUACAGAACAGAUUAUGAUGAAGCCCGUGGUGGUUAUGGAAAGAUGUUGGCCAACAAAAUCCGUCGCACAUCUGAUGUACCUUCGUGACACAGAUUAGUGCACAUUCUGAUUUUUGUUUCCAUUUUAUGUUCUGAAUGCAGUUGUUUUUGUUGCUCACUAUGCUGAAAUAUGAGAUGUUUUGUCAGAAUGGAGGUCGUAUGAUGAGGUCUUUUAUGCCAUAAGAUGGCCCACAGAAUGUUUUCUGUUGUACAUGUGUGCACGUGGUGUAGCAAUUGCUUGUGUUGUGUGGUGCAGUGACAUCACUGGGUUCUUAGCUGGUUGGCCUACUUGUUUAUGAGAUUUCAUUGUUGACCGACUUUUCAUAUCAUGCAGGUAGAACAUUUUUACAUCCAUUGUCACACCAUCUGCAGAUCCAAUGAGGUUGAUGUCUGAUCAGGCUGGGAUAUAUGUUUUACUGUAUGGUAUACUACAUCUUUUUUGUUCAGACCAAAAAGGUUUUUAAUUUUCGUAAUCGAGUUAUCUAUGUAAAAUCUGCAUUACUGCAUGGUUUACUGGUGCGUUUACAUACAUACAGAUGCAGCACAUAGUACACAACUGCAGCAUGUAGUACGGAUGUACAAAUGUAACACAUGAUGCAGAUGUACAGAUAGAACACAUGCGGGAGAAAGUAUUUCAAUUUCCGGUUUGCUGUUAUAGCUUUCAACCAGAAAGGUUGGUGCAUACAUUUUAAAUUUUCUUUGCACUAAUUUACUAUGUUUAGAGUGAGUAGUUUAGAUUUCAUGAUUUGUGUCGUGUCCCCAGAAAGAAUGUUGAGCAAACAUUGUGAGCAUGUUUGUAUGAUAUAUCUUAUGUGUUGUGUUGUCAGGGGGGGAUUGCUUCUGCACAUGUUUUGCUUGAAAGAAGAGAGAAUGAUAGUGAUAGAGAUAUCCUAUGUCAUGGUUCUAAUGAAAGAUGGAUUAGAUGUUCGAUGUAUUGUUCAUAGUCAUUCAUCAUGUAUGCUAUUUUUCUCAACAGUUUAUAAAUAAUUCCAUUAAAAAAAAAAAAUUGCCCCUGACUUUGACUUAAUCUCUGAGCCUGUCUGUAACAUCUGUACACUUAAGCCUCCAGGGGUGACUGCUUGGAUUGCAGCCAUGCUGAGAUGUAUGUUGUUAGGGUAGCCCAUAGGGUUGACUUCUAAGUCAGUCAGUCAAGAAUUGGCCUGACUUGAACACAAAGUGUAUGAUGUAUUAAAAGUCUCAAUGAUCUGACAGUUUUUGGAACCAUUGAAUGUGUAAUGUGAAUGAAUAAAGUUACUGCUUUGUCGAAUCAUG